CGUCGCGCCGUCUUUUAAUAGUCCGCGACCGGUUGGCUCGUGCAGCGCGUACGUACAGCAUACAGCGGCACAAGACAACGCAUCGCAUCGCGCGCGAUCCAACACUACGCGACAUCGCACGACACACGUACGUACCGUACGUACGUACGUAAGUCGCAACUCGCCGGGAGACGCGCCCUCGUUCGACCUUGAGCCUAUAACCGGUAACGCGCAACGUUCGAUGUACGGAGCAUCGGCGCACGGAGAAUCGCUGCUGAUCGCCGCAACGAGCCCACCACCGCGACAAGCCGCCCGGCCGCGCUCCUCUUGCCCGCUCCUAGCGCUGUUUACCACCUCGUCGGCGGCGCCUCAUCCUCCUCCACCUCUUCUUCGACACGGGACGGCCACCACGGCGAAAUGGCGAAGAAGACGUACGACUUGCUGUUCAAGCUGCUGCUCAUCGGCGACUCCGGCGUUGGCAAGACCUGCAUACUAUUCCGCUUCUCGGACGAGGCCUUCUCCACCACGUUCAUUUCUACGAUAGGUAUCGACUUCAAAAUCAAGACAGUGGAAUUAAGAGGAAAGAAAAUCAAAUUACAAAUAUGGGAUACAGCAGGGCAGGAAAGAUUUCACACUAUCACAACAUCAUAUUACAGAGGAGCUAUGGGCAUUAUGCUUGUCUAUGACAUCACUAAUGAGAAAACAUUUGAAAAUAUUGUGAAAUGGUUGAGGAAUAUCGACGAGCACGCGAAUGAAGAUGUGGAAAAAAUGAUAUUAGGAAAUAAAAGUGACAUGGAAGAUAAGCGUGUUGUUAGCACUGAAAAGGGAGAGGCGAUAGCCAGAGAGCACGGCAUUAGAUUUAUGGAGACUUCCGCGAAGGCAAACAUCAACAUUGAUCAAGCAUUUAGCGAGUUAGCGGAAGCGAUAUUGGACAAAACACACGGCAAAGAGCCACAAGACGCGCCUGACAGAGUGACGGUUGAUCGAAGGGUAGAGCGAAAUUCGAAUCGGUGCUGCUAAUUUUAUAUAUUAUUUAUUUUAACGGCGCAUAAACGAACUAUAUAUCAGCUCGUGCCACUUGGAAUAGAGUCCUUGAUAGAUUUAGAGCGUAAUUCAAAGCAUAAUAACAUAAUUAAACACGUCACGACACUGCCUCUGAUCAAGUUAUAAUCCAGUCUCACGCGUAUCUGCUGCGUCAAAAGUACAUUUUUCUAUGCUGCAAUUGAGAGAGAAAAAUGUGGAAUUGUUAUAUUAAAAAAAAAAAAAAGAAGAAAAAGGGGGCAAGAAAAUUAUAUAACACAUUGGAAAUAACAUCCGAAAGUUACGUUCUCAACUAAUGUCUGCGUAAAUGUCAGGAAGAAAAGUUCAUAAAAAUACGGGCGCUGUUCCAUGCAUAUAUGUAAUUGUAUCUAUAAUUAUAUCUGUGGUAUAUAAACGAACUCGAGAUUUUCUUAACGUAUGCAAGAUGUUUCCUACUUAAAUAAUCAAACUGUAUUGUUAUAUUGUACGCAGAUAGAGAUAGAGGACAUAAAAUUCUGUUAUUCAAUGUUUUCUUUUUCUAUCAGACAACCGACAAUUUGAAGUGAAAAAUCAAAUAUCGCUUUCUUCGUGUUGCCUUGACUUUUGAAUAAAGCAUUUUUUAUAUGGAUUAUGUAACAUUUUUCCUUAUUUCUACCUAUAGAAUAAAUUUGUACAGUUUGAUCGUUAAAUCGGAAAGACAACUUGUAUAUGCGGGUGGAUAAAGGUAACACUACGAGUUCUACCGAUCGAGUUCUGGACCUUCACGUUUCACGCAUAACACCAUACUUGCAUUGUUGCACGAACAAAGACAAUUAGGAGAACAUAUUGUUUGUUAUGAGGCUGCAAUUUGUUACCAAGUUGAGUGGUGUGUGUAUAUGAGUGUCGGCUUCUGAUCUUGAAAAAAAAAAAA